GAGAGAGAGAGAGAGAGAGAGAGAGAGAGGAGAGAGAGAUGUGCCUCAGUUAGUCUUUCAAGUUUGAAGCUCACUGGCAGAAUUGAGAUUUCAUCUGUUUCAGAUUUUGCAGAGGACAAUGCCACACCAGCACAAUACUGAAGUCAGUCUUUAAAAGCCAUAGAACACCAAAAUCCGCUGGAUGUGCGCUUCUGUCACCUGACAGGGAAUAUAAAGAGGGACAACACAAUGGAAACGUUUUCUAUGGGGCUGUCGGGACUACAGGAGAAAUUCUUCAUAUUUUAUCUUUUUCUAUGGUACAGCCCUAUGGUUGAAGUGAUUCAUCCCGACUGCUCCAUCAUUUCCCAACAUCUGAGAGCUCAGGAGAUUUGCAGCCAGACCAGGAGGAGUGAGGCACAAAACCAGACCAACCAAAGAGGAUGUAACACGGAGUGGGAUGAAAUCCGAUGUUGGCUGAGAUCUGAAGUUGGACAAGUGGUCAAUGUGUCCUGUUCUGAUGUUUUCAGGCAUUUUUCCAGUAAUCAAGGGCAUGUUUACAGGAACUGCACUGUUAACGGCUGGUCAGAAAUGUAUCCACCCUAUGAAGAGGCCUGCAUUUUCAGAGAUGACAGCGAGCCCGAGUAUGAGAUGAGUUACCUAUCGACAUUCAGACAGGUUUACACCGUCGGCUAUGCCACCUCCCUCAUCUCCCUCCUAACGGCUAUUGUGGUGUUCACGGCCUUCAGAAGGUUCCACUGCACCAGGAAUUAUAUCCACAUCAACCUGUUCUCAUCCUUUGUGCUGAGAGCCAGUGCCAUUUUCAUUAAAGAUGCAGUGCUGUUUGCAGAUGAGACUUUGGAUCACUGCUUUAUGUCCACAGCUGCAUGUAAAUCAGCAGUGGUUUUUUUCCAGUUCAGCAUACUGGCCAAUUACUUCUGGCUGCUGGUGGAGGGCCUGUACCUGCAGACACUUUUGGCCCUGACCUUCAUCUGUCAAAGGAAAUACUUCUGGUGGUACAUCCUGAUUGGUUGGGGACUCCCUUCUGCAGUUCUCGUACUCUGGGUUUUGAUCAGAUUCUUCUAUGACAACCGCGGUUGCUGGGAUGACACAGAUAAUGCUGGUAUUUGGUGGAUAAUUAAAGGGCCGAUAACAGCUUCUCUGAUGGUCAACAUUGUCAUCUUCAUUAAUGUGAUCUGGAUUCUGGUUCAAAAACUCAAAUCCUCAGCCAUGCGUGGGAACAAUGACUCUGGACACUUCAUGCGGUUGGCUAAAUCCACUUUAUUCCUCAUCCCGUUGUUUGGGAUGCACUACACUGUGUUUGCCUUCCUACCUGAAAACACGGGAGUAGCAGCCAGACUCUACAUUGAGCUGGGCCUUGGUUCCUUUCAGGGGUUUGUGGUAGCGCUGCUUUACUGUUUCAUGAACAGAGAGGUCCAGACAGAGCUGCGGAGGUGGUUGCGCAAGUGUUAUGCUGAAAAUCACCUGACCCCAGCCAAGAGAAGCAUCACCCAGAUCACAAUACAGCCCCGCAGCAGGCUCCGGCAGCCUCCAUCUACCGGCGACAUCUCGUCGGUGUGACUUUACAGGCUGUGAACGGCCAAUGCACUGGAGCAUUGUUGCAAGAAUGUCGCCAAAGUGCUUCAUAUGACAAACAGGCAUUUGUGGAAGAUCACCCCAAUCAUGUCAGGAUAUGUCAGCAGCUCUGACUGUGAAAAAGAAGCAUGCAGUGUCAUUCAUUCAUUCAUUUCCUGAGGAUUUUCUAGGUCCAGUCAAGGUGGCAGUGGGCAAGACUGCUGAUUCCACACUUCCUUAUCUUUGGCCAGGCCUCGACAUCCACUUGGGGAAUCCAUAGGCAUUUCCAAGAAAGCUGGGAGAUAUAGUUCCUCAAGCUUGUCUUGGGCCUUCUCUGGGGUCUCCUCCCAACUGGAUGUACGUGGAAGACCUCCCUAGACAGACGACCAGGAAUUAUCCUCACCAGAUGCCCAAACCACUUGAGCUCACAACUUUCC